AUGUUAGUUGUGGUUGAUGGGAUGAAAGAGUGAUCAAGUUCAUUACACUAGCACUUAAGACCUUAAUAAGGCCAUCAAUCCAUGAUCAAAUCAGUAUUUUUAGCGGGAAACUCCCUUCGAGGUAACCGCUACCCCCAGACUUUCUAAAAGAGUAUUUAUUUUGUUUCAUAUUGGCCUUCCCUCUCUGCAUCCCUAUCUGCAGUGUCAAUACCUCAAGCGAAAUGAGUGGCCCCCACCGCCACCACCACCAUCACAACGACCAUUCACCACCGCCACCGGGGAUUCCACCUCCAUAUCCUCCCCAAGAUUUUCCGCCGCCGCCGCCACCAGUGCCACCACCGCCUCCACCACCAGUGCCUGCACCGCCUCCACCUGGCUAUCAAAGCUAUUUCUAUGACCCUGUACCCCAACCUCCUCCUCCACCCCCUCACACACAACUUGUCCAUCAUGAUCAUGAUGACAGUAGUGGUUGCUGUUCAUUCCUAAGAGAGUGUUUGGCUUGUCUUUGUUGCUGCUGUGUGUUGGAGGAGUGCUGUGGCUGCUGCUUUUAGGCUUUUUUAUGUGUCUGGUCUUUUACAUUCAUGGCAUUUGGUUAUUAUGUACUUUAUAAUCUGAGGACUUUCCUUAACAUUAUCCAUUUAAUGGAACAUGAAUCUUAAACUUAUUAAAUGAAAUGUGCUAAGACUCUUUCAACCUUCAAAACUGGAGAGCUAGCAUGCAUAUAUACCUUUA